UCCCUCUUAGUUUAUUCUUGGCACUGUUGCAACACAACUCUGGACAAAAGAGUCCAGAGUCUGCAAAAAGAAUUGGCAAUGAAAAACCUAAGUAUUGUGAGUCUCAUCUUUUGGGGAGAAUGUGGAGAAUUACUGUAGAGCAGUGGAACUGCUGAGUUUUGGACACAAGAAUACCACUUGGAGACCUACAUGUUCCUGAUAAAGGAAGAAGUCUACGUAGCAGGUGAUGUGUGACUUCUGAAGUAUGAAGCAUUGACAUCUGAAUAAGGGGGUUGAAUUCUUAGGGAAGUAUGCUGGGGGAGGUAUAGGUUGAAUUUGAGGUAUCUUAAAUUGCUCUUAAAUGGCAAUAUUACCUUCCAGUUCUUACCUAAAAGCAAAUCCUGUAGCUUCUCACCUUUAUCAAAAUGAAAUGGGGAGAAAUUUUCACUUCAGAGUUUUUUACUACAUUACUGGAUGUAAAUUACAAUUUUUUAGCUAUUGGUCUUGCUUUCAGAAAUGUUUGGUUUGUUUUUUUUUUUUUUUAAGUGAUGUUUUAACAUGGUUCAAUACAUGCUGGAGGGUACAGAGAGGUGGGGAAGGACUAUGUGUUCUGACAUCCAAUGGCUGAAUGGUAGUGUCCCAUUUUUACUUCAGUACCUUUGCUUAGCACCACUUUACACAAGCUCAGAUGGGAGCAUGGAGUUGGUCAUGUAAAGUUCUGUGCAGAUUACAUGAAUUAUUCGUAAUAGCCUGUUGAGUACAGUCAGUGUUUAACAGUAAAAGACAACUAAUUAUGGAGUCAGUCUACUUGGUGGAGAGCUAAGUUGGGAAGAAGUUGUAUAACAGGAGCUCUUAAUAACUUGCAUUUUCCUACCUGAGAGUAGAUGGAGAACAAGUACUACAUACUGAGGGUCUUCGUACCUUUGCUUCCUUUUCCCAUUUACUGUCGUUUUGUUGUUUCCCAUUUGACACCUCUUAUUUAGCGGUGGAGAGAUAUAAGGUUAAAACAAGUUCUGUGUUUCAGUGCUUUUGCAUUGAAAAAGUCAAGACUUUAACACAAGUUAUGGCAUGACUUAGAAGGGCAGGACAGGUAGCUGUGUGCUGUUAACUUUUGGUUCAGAGAAUGCAAAGAGAAGGAAAAUAUGUGCCCCGAUGCAAUUAGUAGGUAAUUUCCUGCUACUUGCUGACAAGGCUUGAAUGUUUGCAGAAAAAGCAGGUUGCAUCUUUGAAGAAGUUGCCUUGCCUUAAAGCCUUUUUUUGUCUCCUUUUCAAACUCAAGUCUCUGGAGGAUAAGCUUAACUCCUUCUUUAUUCCUUGACUGUUUAUUGUUUUGUCUUGGAUGAUUCAGCAGAAGUGAAUUCAACAGCUUCCCUUAGUAUUAGAUGAGGAGAUUUGUAGGUAUAGAAUAACUGCAAAUCCUGUCUCCUUUUGUGGAGAAUAAUUGUAAAAGGUCUUACACUAGGAGAGCCAGAACUUCAGAAUUUUAAGUUUUCAUUGCUAAAAUGGAUAUUACUUAGGUUGGAAAUACCACCUCUUCCAGUCCCCCCAAAAUAAUUCUAGUCUUGAGUCAAACACAUUACUAAGCUUCCUGUUCCAACAGUCACAGAUGGCAGCCUGUGCAAAUAGAAUUUUGCUGGUGUAGGUUGGAAGAAGCAGUCUGGGGAGUAUUUGGAGGCUUACCAGAUGUUAACUAUCUUUAGUUAGAGGUUGGUAAGUCUGCUGGGACUGUGUAACCUCUGCAAGAAGAGGUGAUCCUCAGCAGGCUUCAGUAGACAGCAUUUCCUAUUUUGUGAUGAAAUGUAACUCAGAUUUGAUCUCUUCAUCAUAAUAAAAAUAUCAUUAGAGUUUCUUUUGAAGCACUGGGAGGGGGUACAUGGGGUAGGAGAAAUCUAGUAAACUGAAUGUAAAGAUUGCAAAUGUUCCCAGGCAUUACCAGCUGGCUAUAGAUUUUUCUUGGCUCUUGUUGCAAGCCCUUUUGAACCAGAUGAAAUGCAAAGGCCCGUGAUGGCCCCAUAAGCAAAUUCUUUGAGUGAAAGGAUAACACUGUCAAAGCCCUUUAUGGUUUUUACAUCAACUAAGCUACAAGUAAAGGUGGAUUUUUGUGGCAUAAAAAUACAAGGCUGUGUGCUUUGCGAAAGACUUUAGUCCUAAUUUACCUUUAUUCACAGACUCCCUCGUGUGUUUGUGUCAGUGAUCCUGUCAGACAAGUCCCUCUGUCCCUUGACAGGCUUAUCGAGUGCAUGCCUGCAAUCUGGAAAGUGAGUUGAUGCCAUCUGGUCAAGUGCUAAUGAGGCUGCUGGAAUGCUGGUGUCAAAUGUUACCUUAACCUAAGCAGACUCCAUGUGAGAUGAUGCUAGACUUUUUCCUAUACUUUUCAUAUACUGGCACAGUUGACCUCUGAACGUGUGAUUCCUCACUGAGUUUUAUCAGCUGGUCUGGGUGAAAAUGGAGGGCAUUCUGUACAGAGACCCUGUGCAGCAGUAGUAUGUGGGUGGUGUCAGUGUGAAGAGACAGCCAUGUAUUGAAGAGUAUGAAAAGACCAGUUCUUUCCUGUAGUCACCCCAAAUGAGAAGCAAGGGAAGGCUUUAUGUCUGUUAAGUGCUCUUGAGACUUCCAUCUGAUAUUAGAGCUUUAAUUGUUUAUUUCAUAUGCAGCCUUUCACAAAUGUCUUCAAAUAUUUGUUUAUACAAGCUUAGUUCCCUGGUGAUUUUCAUUUGAAAAGGUUUGUAGGUGUGUCACAAUUCUGGUGUGGCAGAACUUGCUUGAAGUUUUGGAUGGUAAGUGCUUAACCUCUUUUGUAUUAAUAUGAUAAUGCAUGAUAGCAUCAUGUCUGAGUAGCCCCUCUUGAGUGUAGGUGGGAACAACUGGUGAGUUUUAAUGUGUGAAGGAAAUCCUAUCACUCCUCCAUCGUGGACUGAAAUAAUCUAUUUCCUAUGGUUUUGUUUUUCAUGAAUUUUUUAAGUGGGAGGCCUGAGUUUUGAUUCUUGGUUACAUUUGGAAGUCAGCUAGACUUUUUCCACUUUGUGGGCUGUGCUAUCUUGGCCACUAGAGGUGUAUCAGAAUGACAGAGAUAAAGAUACUGAUUACAGAAAGUUACGAAGCCUCAUAGAAAGAAGGCUGGUGGUCAGGCUGUGGAAGUGUUGAGUUUCCCUCUCCUCCACUGCAACAUUGAUCAAUACCAGUGCUUGACUGCUUUUUAACAAAGUGACUUUGCUCUGCCCCUUGCUCCCUGCAUUAAGAGUGCUCUUGUGAAAAACCUGCAUUGUUCUGAGAGCAAUAGAAAAGUGACAUGAAAUGUCUUUGUACUCGUGCUCUGUUCCCUGCUGAGAGCAACAGCUAAAGGAUCUUAUUUGUCUUGCCAUCAAGAGGAUAAGGUUUGUUGGAUUUGUUACAGUCUAUGAGUUCGGGUAUCCCCUCCUCUACCUUCUAGUUACUGUUAUUCUGUCUUGUUUUCAGGAAGAUCGUUGGUAUCUUAACAAGCGUUUGCUGCUAGGUGUUGCUAACUGAUGAAUAGCUAGCGUUUUUCAUUAUUGGAUAUCGAGUUAACAUGUCUUGGCUCAGUUGUGUUCUGCGCCUGGAGCAGCAAAGAUAGAAUUAAAUCCAGGCACUGAAGAGUGCAACAUCACUAAUGAAGUUGAAGGCCAGAUUUUGCACAGCUGCAAAUAAUUCCUGUGUAUUGCUGUGUCUGCACUGAUCAUUCCCACCAUACACCCCACCAUACAUACAUAUUGCACAAGAGAGGUGGUAAGGAUAGCUGCUGGUGUCUGCCUGCCCACAGAGGGGCAGUGGUGCUGGGACUGUGCUAAGGAAAGCGGUUCCUAUGGGUAUCUUCAUAGGGAUAGAUCUACAGACUGGUUUUUACCAGAGGUACUUUAAUGUUUAUUAAUAAAGUUUCAUAUUUGCAUAGCUAAGCAGUUACUGUUACGUGAAGCCAGAGGGAAUGGGACACAUCAUUACAUUAUCUGGAUAGCGGAGGAGGAGUUACAGUCAGUGUGGCUGUGUGCAGGUCUGUACCAUGGAGGAGUCCUGCAUCUCCUUGCCUCUUCUGGGAGUAUUUUGGGAGUGCCCUGGGAGGCUUACUAAGGGCUGGUUAGCGAGGCAGCCCUUACUUUUAAGAGCCAGAACAGCAUUUGUAAUGGCCUGCAAUAAACUGAGCUCCAGCAACUGAGCUCAGGUAUUGACUUAUUAAGUUAGUUAAGCCCUUCUGUAUAUGGACCAUGCCUUUUUCUCUGUUACAUGAAUAAAAACUAUGUAUUUACUUAUUUUCCCCUUUCCUAGAGAAAGCACUUCUACUGCAUUUAUAGCAUUUGCCCUUUCCUUUUGAAUUCUGUUAAUUUAUGGUUGUUUUCACAUGUUUGUUUUUACUUCUCCAUCAGCAGUGUUGAAUCCUACCUUUUCUACUACACUUUCGCUGAAUGGCUCUAUUUCUCCCUUGAAUUCUUUUUCUGGCCUCAAAGUUAUUUGCCUGUGUUUACAGGGAGAGUAGAUAUGUAUGUAAAUGGAAUUGUCUUUGCCAUGGUAAUAUGAUCUUCAAAGGCUUGGACUGCAGUCACUUUGCUGCAUUCUUUACAUAAAAUGUUUGUCUUGGGAAGUUGCUGCCAACAGAGUUCUGCAAGGGCCCAAUCCUGCUAAUUGCCUGCUGCUUCCACUGAACUGGUGGGGCUUAUAUGCAAAAAAACCCCAAAACCAAAAACAAACAAAAAACCCCAAACAAACAAAACCCCCAAAAACAAAACAAACCCACAAACAAACAACAACAACAAAAACCAACAAAACCCAAACAUGAACUUUCAAAUUAGUUAUAUGUUCUUUACGCAGUUAUGUCCAUGUUCUGCCAUUUUGUCCUUCCUUUACUGAUGUGAUCUGGAAGUGAUCAUUGGUUCUUAACUUUUCACGACCAUUUGGUGUGUGUUAAAAUACAGGAGUCUGUAGCAAUGGAGGAGGGUAGCUAAGUUCCAGUCCAGGGUGGUUUAGGAGAGAUCUGCUUUUAUGAAGGCAAUCCACAGGGAGUCCUGAGUAUGAGGCAUCACUACGUCUUUUUGUACCUACUUUCUAUCUUCUCCAGCAAAGGUGGUCAGUGUAUGCUUCGCUGUGGGCUGCAAAAUCAUGAGCUGUUGUGGGUAAGGAAGUUGUACACCCCAGGGCUGAGGAGAGGAUGCAUAAUGUCGUGAGCAAAGCAGGAAAAGAAUACCUCAGUAUUGUGUGUCAUCAGCUUGUGUUGCAAGCCCCACCACAAAAUUCUCAAUGGAAUGGACUUAUGCCUUCCACCAGAGUGGAUCUGAGAGGUGAUAAAGUGAACGCUCACAUGAUUCUAUUGCAGCGUCCUCUAGUCCCUCAGUUUUCUGUGUUCAAAUACUUUCCUAAUCUUGGGACUGUGGAAGAUGGAAAAGAACUUCCUGCUACUGCCCUUAGGUCCCAUCCUGGUCUUCCAGUAAGAGGUCACAUAUUGGGAGUUACCCAGGCUCCCAGCCCUCUGGGUGCUUGCUUACAGCAUGACCCCUCAAACCUUAGCUGGAAGAACUGCAAGGGAGGAACAGUGGCAUAGGGUGGAGACAGACAAUUCACAAGCCUUUUUUGUAGCUAUCAGAUGUUUGUAUGCUAUACUGUCUUACAAAUAUAGCAGCUAUUCAUUAGAGGAUAUUAAUUGGUAUAGUCAUAAGUGCUACUCUCCAUUUGCUCUGGAAACUGAGAGAGAAACCAUUUAUAUCUGUUGGAGUAUAAACUUCUGUAACAGUGGGGGGUGUUCUCAAAAUCCCACUUACCACAGUCAGCUGGCCCCAUUUGUUUUCCUGCUUGAACAUAUGUGGAGUACUGUGGUUUACCCAGCACUCAAACUAGUAUAGCUGUUUAAGGUAAAAAUCACAAUUGUUUAUUUAGAAGCUAUUUUUGAUGUCACAGAAGUGAUAUCAAAAGGUGUUUUUAAAAAAAUAAAUCUACGAGGUGCCUGCCAUGUGGACAAUUUAGCGUUUACGUUAUUGUGGAACGUUGAGAUGUGGCUCUGAAAUAGUUGCAUGUUUUUCUCAAGUCAAGAAUGUUGAAACCAAUUGCAAGAAAGGGGAGAAUUUCAGUAAGGGGAAAGUGUGUUAAUUAUCCAUGCAAGAUGUUCACACUUGCUGCAGUGUUUCAUGUGUUUUCAUAUCUGCUGAAGCAAAGCAAGAAGUGUUGUGCUGGGGCAAUGUGCAUGCAUGGCUUAGAGCUGAAUAGAUGUAAAUGGUUAAAAAGGGGUUCUCUGCUAGAGAGGAGGAGGGGAAAGUAAGAGUGCAUUCCCAAAAAAGUACAUUCCCAAAAUAAAAAGCUUACAUCAUGGACCUCUUCAGUUUUCCCACACUUCUUUCCUAAUUAUUGUCCUGCAGGACAGCUGAUCUAUUUCAAACAGGAAGCUGUUUACAGAUAACACUUGCAACUGUUUGUCUGAUUUGUUGAACUGUCGAAAAGCAAAAGACAACCUCUUUUCAAAUUAAAAACUGUCAGACUUCUGUAAACAGCAGCAAUGAGGUUCAUCUGUGCAGUGUCCCUGCAGGCACAGAGCAUUCUGCAGUUCCCAUUUUCUCAGCAGCCAUAAGUUGAACCACAGGCCAUCCUGGUUUUCAGCCAUGAGAGUAGGACCCUUCAAAACAGUGUGGAGUCAGUGACCUGUAAGUGCUCAUUAUGAAGAGAGAUCUGGUUUUCUUGGUGACUCUAAUUAGCCUUGCCUUCCUGUCACUACUAAGGUCUGGAUAUCCUCAACACAUUGCAGAGGAGUCCUGCUCUGUUCAGAUUCUUGUUCCAGGCCUCAAAGGGGAGGCUGGAGAAAAGGGGGAGAAAGGUGCUCCGGGUCGUCCAGGCAGAGUUGGACCUCCAGGAGAAAAAGGAGAAAUGGGGGACAAAGGACAGAAAGGCAGCAUAGGACGGCAUGGAAAAAUUGGUCCUAUUGGUUCAAAAGGUGAAAAAGGAGAUAAUGGUGACAUAGGACCACCAGGUCCUAAUGGUGACCCAGGCAUCCCCUGUGAGUGCAGCCAGCUAAGGAAGGCUAUUGGUGAAAUGGAUAUCCAAGUAGCCCAGCUGACAACAGAACUAAAAUUCAUAAAAAAUGCACUGCCCUCCCCCGCAGCUGUUGCUGGUGUGCGUGAGACAGAUAAUAAGAUAUAUCUGCUGGUGAAGGAAGAGAAGAGAUACAAGGAAGCCCAACUCUACUGCCAUGGAAGAGGAGGGACGCUGAGCAUGCCCAAGGAUGAGACUGCCAACAGUCUGAUUGCCUCAUACAUCAACCAAGCUGGGCUCACCAGAGUUUUCAUUGGGAUUAACGACCUUGAGAAAGAGGGAAAUUUUGUCUAUUCCGAUCGGUCGCCCAUGCAGACCUUCAACAAAUGGCGCAGCGGGGAGCCCAACAAUGCUUACGAUGAGGAGGACUGUGUGGAGAUGGUGGCCUCUGGAGGGUGGAACGAUGUUGCAUGUCACAUUACCAUGUAUUUUGUCUGUGAAUUUGACAAAGAAAAUGUUUAAGCUUCUCUGCUCUUUAUUUUAAGAAAAGCUUUUAAGCCGAUUUUACAAGUUACUCCAUGUUUUAUGAGUUCAAGUGGCAUUUUGCAAGUAUGUGGCACCAAUGUUGUACAGCUGUAAAUACAAUUUAGGUAUUUCAAAUAUCAGUAUUUACCCUUCAGAAGGGAAGAGCAAUAAUAAGACAUAGCUUGUUGGUUUUUUUUUUUUGGUUUUUUGUUUGUUUGUUUGUUUUUAUUUGUUUCUUUGUUUGUUUUUUGUUUUGUUUUGUUUUUCUGUAGGAAAAUAUAUAUUUAGAUAAAAAUGUGGUUUGGGGCUAAAUUUUGACCUUACAACAGUUAACAAAUGUGAUUACAUGACUGUAAGGGAAGGCAGAAUUUGGCCUCUAGUUGUUAGAAUGAUUAGAAUUAGAUUCCUGAUAUUCUUUUAUCUUAGCAAAAUUUGUUGUUAUAAAUGUUAAUUGCUUGUAGUGCUACAGGGAUAUUUCAGAAACAAGACAAAUAUUUUGUAUACUCCAGUUAAUUAGUACAAAUAUUACUGUAGGUUUGUUGGUUGUUAAAACUUUUUUUUUAUAAAAAACAGCCAAAGCAACCAAGAAAUAGGGAGUCCUACCAAUUUUGUAAUGUUUCUUUAUUAAACUGUUCACAGAUGUAUGACAAGAAAGCAUUUAAGUAAACUGGAUUUUAGUGCUGAGGGAGGAAAAAGUCUAGAGAAAGGUGUCCCUACCCACAUCAGCGUGUUAAAACUAGAUAAACUCUAGAGUCCCUUCCAACACAAACCAUUGUAUAAUUCCAUGAUUCUGAUAUGAAAGUUCUUAUAAUUUAGCACUUUAAGAAGGUUCUCAUCCAGAUGGUGUUUUGGGGUUGGCUAAAGGGAAAAAUAAGAUUUUGAUUUUCUGCAUUCCUUAGUUGAGAAUGAUUCAGUGCAUGAAGUAUUUCAGACCCCAAAGAAUUUUUUAAAGUAAGCAUGUUUCACAUUAAGAUGAUCUUGGUGCAUCUUGUUACAACACAAGCAAAAUGCUUGCCCUCCACAAUUUAAGGCACACUUCAUAAAUAGACAACAAAGCUCAUAAAAACGCUUUAGAUAGCAGUUCCUUUUGGUAGGAAAACAGCUUACAUGUUUACAGAGAUUGUAAGGGUGAUCCCCUGAAAAGAAGAAAAGUUUCCAAAAUUUUCCUGAUUAUGUAUAUAGCAGUAAUAAGUAACCUUACGCAAAUAAUUUAUGUACCAAAUUUACAACUGCAUAUGAUGAAAAAGGUGAUGUAUAUUUAAAAAAAACCCCAACAACAUCAUUUCACAAAGGAAAUGAUGAAUUACUUUGGAUCAUUCUAGGACCCAGUUGCAUGACAUCUUAUCUUACUGUUAGGCAUAGGAAAAUCUGCAAAAUCUCCGACUGCAUUUCUUCAGGAAUACCUUGCACAGUGUUUUAAGAUUAUUUUUAAGGUAAACAAUCCUUUGCAUAACCUACUAAUCAAAAUAUGUAUCUGAUCAUUAUGGGAGAUUAGUAUGCAAGAUAUCCACAGUAGAUAUGGUGUGUGGUCCCAGAGAUUUCCUUACAAGGCAAAACCAACUCAUAUCAACUCUGCAGUGCUGUGGAAUAUAAACAAUCAAUGGUCAUACAAUUCUGUUCAUAUCCAGAGAGUCUGGCAUUUGAUUUAUCUACCUAUGAGAACAAACCAUUUUCUUGCUAUAUUUACUGUGUGAAUUUGAAUCUGUUAUGUGUAUAUGUUUGCUAUUAAUUUUGAAGAUCACUAGCCAUAUUAUGGUAUAUCCUAUAUUGUUUGAAUAUCAGCCCAGCUCCAGAGCAAUCACUCAAAAUGAAUGGGUCCUUUGAUUGAUUUACUUUCUUUUAAUAAAGAUAGAUAUGAUACCUAUAUGUUAGUCAUUCUUCCAACUGCAUAUUGAAAUAUAUUAAAUAAUGUGAAUCUGGUUCUACACUAAUAUUCAAAGACUCUUUGCAGAAUUUUCAGGUAGUUAACAAUUCCAGCAGAGCAAUUUGAUUAGACUCAUGCCUUUUGAAUAUCAUGAUUGUUUCCUGCGUGCUGUAGAAAUCCUCACAAACCAUUUAAAUCUCCAACAUAAUUUUUUCAAAUCAUUGUAGCUAUAUUCAGACAGCCCAAACCUGAGAUACAGAUAUCUGGAACUCCCUCAUUAUGUGUGCUGAAGUUGCUGUUUAUUUGUCACCUAGGUUUUGAAAGUCUCUGUUGUAUUGUUCAGUUUCAUGAGAAAGAUAAAAAGAGGUCUUUCAGAUAGGUGGGAAGAUUUCUGAGAUGCCAAAUGCUCCUGUUUUAGCUGGAAGUCACACAACGUUUUAAAGACUGCCUUGUUGUGUAGAGCAUUAAACAGUAUCAAUUUCUAUUAAAAUUUAGAAUGAAAAAUAAAGGCAAUGGAAA